GAAAUCAUUGUUGUCAACGCGUUGUUAUGGAGCUGCUAUGCUGGAGACGUGUUUAAAUCACAAAAGACCCCAAAGUUUUGUCUGUUUCACCCUCUGUUUGGUAAACGUGCUUUUAACGAAGCAUUAACUUUUUUAAAAAAUGUUAUCGACAGACCGAUUGGACGUUUUGCGAGAGCGUAACAGAGAUUUAUUGAUCCAGUUGGCGCAGCAGACAAAGAAGCUGGAGCGUCCGGGCGGCUGCUGCAGUCAGAGCCGCAAGAGGGAGAGAGAGGACGAGGCUAAGGAGGUGUUGACCCUGACUAACGGAGACCCCGGUACUGUCAGGGCCGCCCUAGCCAAAUCCACCGUGAGGUUUGCGGAUCCACGUGGGAGACAAACAGGCUUCCAGGCAACUAUUUCAACACCAUCUUUGACAUUCAAACACAGAGGAGGAACUGCUGAACAUACAGCAGAGUAUUCGUCACACAGAGACUGCAGCGGACAAACCCGAGUCCACUGUGUCAGGCUACAAGACACAAGGCCAUUCAGCACAAAGUCCUGCCUAGUAAAUCACAGCAAAGAACAGAGAGAGGCGUCGAGUCGAGUAACAUUUCAGUCUGAUGAAUGUGAAGAGAUACCUGCCUCAGACAGACAUCAUUUGCAGCCUUUACUUGGAUAUGACUGGAUAGCAGGAGUCCUGGAUGUGGAAGACUCCUUGAUAGAGCGCUCUGACGAGUUCUUCAAUGAUCUGUGCACGUUUCGAUCACUCAAUAAAGACGAAUGUGUCCACAGCCCACAAGCAGAAUUUUCUGAGGAGAAUCAUUCAGUCUUGCCGUUGUUAAAAGACAAGGAUAGCCCAGAGGCUAACACGGACACUCAUCAGUGUACGUUCUCUUACAGGAUUAACAGCAGACUGUUCCCAGUCCCGCUUCACUCUGAGGAGUGCUGUCCUGUGUGCAAAAAACAUAAAUCCUCCCACCUUCACACUACAGCUGACCCAGCUCUCAUCAGGGUUAGCAUCCCUCGCUCCACCCUCUUGCCACCUUACAGGUACAAAGCUCACCGGCGAUGCAGCUUUGAUCCUUCUGAUAGUUUGGGGUUACCAUCGCACUGUCUGUCAGGGUGGUCGAACACAGUUCAGAGCACCCUGUCGCCACCCACCAGCCUUGAUCUGCGGAGCAGUCUGAAUAUGAAAAACAAGGACCUGGAGGAUCUCUCUGCACCCAAAGUGUCCAGAAACCAGCACCCUGACCAGAUCCCAGAUGUGUCUCGUUUGGCUCGUCACAACUUUCAACACUCCUCACUCAGAAGAAAACUGAGAAGCACAUCUCACCCUGUGUGCUGACAAAGCAUCUUCUAUUUCUAGAUUAUUGCAACAGAAACACUGUGUAGCACCACCCAAAAAAUAAUUUUUUUGUUCAUGUUUUAA